CUCUCCCUGUUCCAGGCCUGGUGGUUUACAGACAGCAUGAGUACAGAUAUUUGGCAUCGAUGUAUUCUGGUCAAUGGAGCCUGUAACUACACUGACUUCCCUUCAACCUACCCUCAAGAGUACCUCCAGGCCGUGCAGGCGAGCUCAGUGCUGGCCUGUAUCUUUGCCAUCCUGGGGCUGUUUGUGUUCGUGGCUCAGCUGUUCACCCUGGUGAAGGGGCAGAGAUUCACCUUCUCUGGCAUCUUCCAGCUCAUCGCCUGCCUGUGUGUNAUGAUCGCGGCCUCGAUCUACACCGAUGUCUUCCACCGCGAUGAGCGCUUCGGCUGGUAUGGUCACUCCUUCAUCCUGGCCUGGCUGUCCUUCGCCCUCAGCUUCAUCAGCAGCGUCAUCUACUUCGUGCUGCGCAAGAAGACCGAGUAGCCCCGCCCACUCGGUCCUGCCACGCCCACUCCGCCCUGCCCCGCCCGCUCCGCCCUGCCCCGCCCAUCGCCCGCAUGCCCCGCCCCGCCCCGCCCCUCUGUCUCGGUCCUGCGGUCCACAGGCGGACUCGAGGACCCCGGGUGGCGGACAGGGAGUGAGGGAUGAUGGGAGCAGAUCUGUGCUUGUGUUUGUCCUCGUUAACCCGGUACGAUGACACUAAUGAGACAGAAGGAACGUGGCCUGCCUUCACCACGCCUGCUCUGGGGUCAGUUCCGCUUCCUGUCCGGUCAGCGGCCCUGCCUGCGUGUGGCCCCUCGAGCCGGACGGGGCGCCACCGCUGGUCAGUGUCCAGGUCCCACAAGAGCUGCUGUAUUCUCUUGGGCAGUAUUGGAAGACACGUUCUGUCCCCUGAGCGACUGCUCGAGCUCGGCUUGGAGAGCCAGUUCCUGGUAUUUGCUGGUCCGAUGCCUGGGUUCGGCGGGUCCUGAGGGUUGGGGAUUUGACCAGACUCGAAUUGGGCUUUUUUCGCGGGACUCGGAGUCCCUCACUCCGGCGUGAGCUCCGAGUCGACUGUGAUUACCCUGCAGUCUCCCUGCUCUCCCUGCUGUGGUUAACACGGUGGCCCUCGUGAAUGGACCCAGCUGUCCCGAUGUAGAGCAGCGGACCGCCCCUCUCGUGAAUCUAAUCGAAUGUGUCGUUAGUCUCCCGGCCCUCGUUAGUCCCACUGACCUCCUCUAGCGGCCCCUCUCCCUGAGCCGCCCCUGCUGUGCCGGUCUGCAGGGGGCGCCAGCGGACCCCAGACGAG